ACCGCAUCAUGGGACCCCAAACCCAAACCCAAACCUAAACGAAGAAACAGAAAGAAAAAAAAUGAACAAACAAAUUGGGGUUUGAAAAGAAGCCGGUGCUGUCUCCUUGUUCUCCAUCGUAAGAUAUAACUAAUUAUUUUUAUAUCUUCAUCAAGAUGCGCCGAGGGAGAACCGCCGCCGCCGCUGCCGCCGUUGUGGAUCCCACGCCGGACCAGGCCAAGGAGACGACGCGGUUCCGUGGCGUGAGGAAGCGGCCGUGGGGGCGAUUCGCGGCGGAGAUUCGAGAUCCGUGGAAGAAGCAGCGCGUUUGGCUGGGGACCUUCGAUUCCGCCGAGGAUGCCGCGCGGGCCUACGACAAGGCUGCCCGAUCCUUCCGCGGGCCCAAGGCCAAAACCAAUUUCCCCCCCUUCCCCGGCCCGGCAGAGGCGGACCACCACUCGCAGAUUCCGCUCUACCAGGCCCAUGGGCUUUCCACCAAGUUCGAGCCCGUCGUCCAGGUGAACCGGCCCACGAGCAGCGGCAUGAGCAGCACCGUGGAGUCCUUCAGCGGGCCUAGGGUUCCCUCCUCCUCCUCUCGCGCUAAGCCCCUUGUUGUGGUUGUUAACCCUAUCAUCCCUCUCAACGACGACGAAGACGAUUGCCACAGCGAUUGCGACUCUUCUUCCUCCGUCGUCGACGACGGCCAGGACUGCGUCCUCAUCUCCUCCUUCCGGCAACCGCUGCCCUUCGAUCUAAACCUCCCACCAUCCGAUGCCGACGACGACAACGACGACGACCUGCCGGCCACCGCGCUGUGCCUCUGAUGAUGAAGAAGAAGAAGAACCUCUUCUCGGUAUAAUCAUCAUUUUCUUGUUGUUGUUGUUAUUGUUGUUGUUGUUGUUCAUCUCUGGUUUAAUUAAUUAAUUAAAAGUUGUUAGAUUGUGUUGUGGUGUUGUAGAGUAAUAUUAUAAUAGGCAUGAAUGUGUUGUUGUAAGUUAUUUGGAUCCAUUACUGUGUCAUAGCAUUGGACCUGAUCUCAAAAACUGGUUGGUGCUUAUGCUUUCUUCAUGGAUCUGCUUCUUACCCUUACCCCCAAUUAGAACUUACUCUUUUCUUUUUUUUUUGUUGUUGUUGUUCUGUACAAAAAUUAUGGCUAUCAGAUCAUAGAAUAAAUUACAUUCUAAUCAAUUAUACUUUC